GGUUCUUGCCUCUAACAAAGAUGGCGGAUGCAUGACAGGUUGCCCCACAGCCGGGACUCAAGUGGCCGCUUUCUGAGGGCGAGGUGGCUACAAGAUGGAGGCCAGAGAUAAGCAGGUUCUCCGCUCACUUCGGCUGGAACUGGGUGCCGAAGUCCUCGUGGACGGACUUGUUCUUCAGUAUCUCUACCAGGAAGGGAUCUUGACGGAAAACCACGUUCAAGAAAUCAGAGCCCAACCCACAGGCCUCCGGAAGACCAUGAUGCUGUUGGAUAUCCUGCCUACUCGAGGCCCCAAAGCCUUUGACACCUUCCUCGAUUCCCUGCAGGAAUUUCCCUGGGUGAGGGAGAAACUGGAGAAAUCCCGGGCGGAGGCCAUCCAAGAGACGCCCACAGGUGCCCAGGCAUCUCCGCUUCCCGCCCACAUUCUGAAGAGCUCACCCUCUGACCGGCAGCUCAAUCAGCUGGCCAGGAGGCUGGGCCCCGAGUGGGAGCCUGUCGUGCUAUCCCUGGGUCUGUCCCAGAGGGACAUCUACCGCUGCAAGGCCAACCACCCCUACAACGUGCAGUCGCAGAUCGUGGAGGCCUUCGUCCAGUGGAGGCAGAAGAACGGGAGCCAGGCGACUAUCCAGAGCUUACAGAAGGGGCUGGUGGCCGUGGACGUCGACCCCUCCGUGCUCCAGCACAUGUUAGAAUAAACACCUCUUCGUCACAGAGAAUCCAGUGUGCUGAACCCUUAGACUUUUCUGCAAGGCAGGUGUCAAUGCAUUUCCUUUUCCUAGUUAUCUGUAGAUGAAAUGGGAUGACAGCUUACUUUUAAGACCAAACCUCUUAAGGGAUCUUAGCUAUUUGCUGAAAUAUUCAUUUUUUUUUUUAAAAAAAAUUGCAUGAGGCGGCGAUUGAUUUUUGACUCAUUGAGAAAUCACUGGGUUUUUUUUUUAAUUCCAUAUUCUUGCAACAAAUAUAGAUGCUCUAUAUUCCAGACAUGCUCUUUAAAUUGGCUGAGAACGGAACUGUGAUCCUUUAUAAUCAUAAUAUUACCAUUAAUAAGUGUUACUUUCAUCAAUAAAAAAAUGACUUGCAUAACAAGUCCUCCCCCAGAGGUCAUUAUUUAUUUUUAUUUUCUACUCCUUAGACUGAGUAGGUUAAGGAUGCAAAAUUACCCUCGCUAAUGAGGCUUCAAGAGAGACUGUGUGGUGUAGGGAAUAAAAUGAUGGCUUUGGAGUCAGGAAGACCUGGGUUCACGUCCUGCCGUCUACUGUCUGUGUGACCUUGGGCAAAUCACUAAAAUCUAUCAAUUUCUCCAAGAAUUCUCUAAGAUUAUAAAUUGUAGAAGAGGUACUGGUCUACAUUGGUAGAAAAGAGUUCCUACACUCAAAAAAAUCACAGAUCCAGUCAAGUGGAAUAGAUAGCAUUUAUUCAAUCAACAGAUAUAUAUUAGAUGCCUCUUAUGUGCCAGCUAAGCUGUGUGACCUUGGGCAGAUCACCUUACCUUUCUCAGCCUCACCUGCCUCAGCUUCCUCAUCUGUAAAAUAA